ACAGAACUGAAGGGGGGGUGGAGGGAGCACAGCUGGGGUUGGGGGUUACUGAGUCUCUUGAGAAGGCCAAGAGACCUUUUCCCACUGAGACCCCCACCCCCACCCCACCACUACUGCAGCUAAAGAAGCUUUUCCCAGCCUCUCUGUUCUCCCCUGGGGCAGAAGAGGUCCCAAGCAAGCACUUUGGGUGGGAAAAGAGAACUGGAGGAAGUCGACAGGGAUGGGCGGGGCCCAUGGGGGGGCUGACCAGGAACCCAGCUUCCUGCUCAGUACCCAGGCAUCCAGCCCCUGGCUCACCCCCACCCUUCCAGCCCCCACUCCUCUCAGGAACCCCGGGGGGAUCUGGCCCUUCUCCCAAAGGCCAGCUAUCCCUCCGAUCAGUUUCUCCCCUCCAGGGGAUGGAGACCGAGCCUGAAAGAUCCCAGGAAGAAGAGGAUGGUGAGCAGGCUGGAACUGGUGUUUCUUUGCCUCAGGGACAUCACCAAGAUGAGCACAGUUGGCCUUCUGUGAACACCACCAGUCGGCCUUGGCGAUCUGCUCCUCCUUCCCCCCCUCCUCCAGGGACCCACCAUACAGUCCUGGGGCCCCGCUCCGCCUCCCUGCUCUCCCUGCAGACAGAGCUCCUUUUGGAUCUGGUGGCUGAGGCCCAGUCCCGCCGCCUAGAGGAACAAAGGGCCACCUUCCAAGCCCCCCAGAACCCCCCAAGCAUAGCCCGAGCCCCACCUCGGCCUCUUGAGGACAGAGAACAGCUCUACAGCACCAUCCUCAGUCACCAGUGCCAGCGGAUGGAAGCCCAGAGGUCAGAGCCUCCCCUGCCCCCAGGGGGGCAGGAGCUCCUGGAGUUGCUGCUGAGAGUUCAAGGUGGUGGUCGGAUGGAAGAGCAAAGGUCCAGGCCCCCCACACACACCUGCUGAGAUUUGAGCCUCCCCUCCCACGAGCCCCUUCAUAAUCCUGGGCCUCUGAGCUGGGCAGCCCAUGAUAUGUCCUCAGCCCUGCUUGGCAGGGGCAGCAGAGACUGGAAGGCCCAGAAGAAAUCAUCCACUCCCCUGGAAACUGGAGGGGGUGAAAUUCCUCAAAACCCUGGGAAUAGUCAAGGUAGGAUGUCAACCAACCCCUCCCCAGUAACAAAUGGGGGCUGAAGGGUCGUUUGAGGAUCCCAGCUACCCAGGGACACCUCAUCACCACCUCUAGUCUUAAGGAGUGAGUGGGAGCCAUGGUUCUGAGCUGUGGGGAAACCCCCAAUAGUCAAGUCACUAGACAGGAUCUCCAAAGAUCAUGACCUGAGAGACAGAUCUCUCCUUCCCAGUAAGGAGGAGGAUGGGUACAGCAGAGGUUAUUCUCCUACCCCACCCCAGACCCCUAAGCCCCAGGACUAAGGGGCCUACAGCCUGUGAAAGGACUUUUAGCCCUGCCCACCCUCCCUCCCCAUUGCUGCUCAGAGUCUGUCUAUGUCUGAUGUUUGAUUGUAUGAAUAAAUUUAAUUCCUCUCUGGA